AUGCCAAGUGUGCCAAGAAUUAAGUUCAUCACUAGCCUUCUAUCCUUGUUUCAAGAAAAAGAGCAUGGAAUAACAUUGCUUAAGAAAAGCAUUCUUUCGGAAGCUGAUCGCAAUUGGAUUAUCAACUCAAUAGUGGAGGAGGCCAUCAAUAAUUACAUAACUAUUAAAGUUAAAGACUUCCCGAGCUUGGUAGAUGAAAUUUGCCGUAUAUUUCCAAGCGAAAAGUCGAACAAGGAGUUUUAUUAUAUAAGUCGUGACAAGUAUAAGUGUCCGACAGGGAAGCUUUACUCGCGCUAUAAAAAUAAGCGCUUUCAGUUCUCCAAAACCCAUCCUGAAUCGAGGAACAAUAACAAUUCUGGUUCACACAACAGCAGAACUGACGCCCAAACCCAUACUUCCAUUGGUACUAAAGUUGAUGAAGCAGUUGCCCAGUCGUUGAAAGCGAUUCUAAAACGAGACUGUGCGGACUGGCAUGACGUUUGCGAAAAGUGGGAACAAACUUUCCAUAUUCGGCAAAAGGACUUACAUCAAUUAAGUGGUGCGGAUUUUGUUAAAGCUUGGCCGAGACUUAGCCACGCCCAAGCACCUGAAUUGAUAAACAUCGACUUUAAACAAAUAUAUCCGAAAAAAGUGCAUGCUUUGGUUUCUAAAUGGGACGACUUUAAGCGAAAGGUGCUUCCUCUAUAUGACAGGAAAAUAAAAAACGAUGUCUGCAAAGAAAAGCUUAGCCAAGAAAAGUCGGCAAUAAAAGAAGAUGCCCAAGAUUUUUUGAUUUUUAUUUUGCUUAAUGCUGUGCUGCCACCGUCAGCGCGUUUUGAAAAUGAACAAGGGAAGAAGACCAAGAAGCUUACCAUAGCAGACGCGAAGGAUAGCGUGUUGAUGCGAUUAGCUUGCCUAAACGAUUAUCAGCGACAAAUUGACAAAAAGGUUGCACUUCACUACUCCGAGGGAUCUACACUUCAACCAUUUAUCAUCGUUCACGGUUCUUCGGAUACAGAUCUCGAGGGUUUUUAUGUGUAUUUUGAUGAAAAUCUUUUUAAAUUUGAUUCCUUUCUUAUAAGUAUCGAUACUUGCUUCAAAAUUUUCAACGGUUACGGUCUUAAAUAUCCGAAGCCUUGCGAGCAAGCCUGGACAGUGAUCCAAAAAUUUAAUUAUGAGAUAGACACUAAGUUUGAUAAGAAAUCGCCAGAUCUGACAAGUAAUUUAAACUUUUUGAAUAGUCAAGAUUAAGAUGUUUGUUUGUUUUCGGUGUCUAAUGACACUUCCGAAACCAAAACUCUUAAUUUCUCAUCUUAAACGAAGUCACUUGCUUUCAAGAAAGUCUUUAAGAAUAACAUGUAAACAACAAAAUUGUGAACAAGUUUUUACUAAUUUCACAAACUUUAGAAUACACUUGGAAAAAACACACAAAGCAUUACCUAGGUAUUCUGAACUUCCGUUUGAUUUAGGAGAACAUAAUUCUAUUCUUUCAUCUACCUUCAGUU